AUGUCCGACGGAAUACCAACAAUUUACCGACAGCCGCUACUGCUGAUAUUCUGGAUCCUCUAUCGCCGCACCGGAGAACUGAUAAUUGCUUUCAUCUGCUUCCCUUUCUUCAAAGAUUACAGAUCUUCUUUACUGCAAAUCGUCUACCGUCAUUAUCAUCUUCGCUGCUGUUACUUUGUUACUGAGAAGGAGGGUAAGACGCCUACCGUUCCGGCACUUUUUCUCUACACCCAUACGAUCAAUCAUGACGGAAUCACUUUUGUUGAUAACAAGGCAGCUGACACUUAUGCACGCUUCAAGGAGAUCCUUGCUUCUCGUUUAGCAGUUGAUGGAAGCAAUCCUACCGAUACGGAAGAAAACCAAAUAUGGUAUGAGCUUGUUGAGGGUGAGAAGAAACAGAGAGUUUAUGGUGUUGGCUCUUCUGCACCAUCUUACUAUUCUGAUGUUGCUCGAUUUCCAGAUCAGCCUACUCCGUCUCAGGCGAAUCAAGAUUUUGAUAAUCUCCGCAGAGCACAUGAGAAGCUACAAGAUCAGUUUCGUGUACUACAGUAUCAGUUUGAUGUUGUAGUGGAUCAUCUUCGAACCGAUUGUCCAAUUCCACUUGUAUUUUCGACUCCUGCAGCGUCAUCUCCUUCGCGCCCUUCAGAUGAUACAGUUGAUACGACCGAUUUGGAUGAUGAAUUUUAGACUACUUUGAAAUAUUUUGCAGUGACAAACACUUUUGUUUGGAAUAUUUUACAGUGACAAAUACUUUUGUUUGACAUUUAAAAAUAUUUAAAUUAGUACAUGUGGAACUUUUUGAAUUAAUUUUAAUAUUUUAUUGUUUUUAAA